UUCCUCUAAGAUGGCGAGUGCGGUACUGCUCGCUGUGUUGGUCCUGUGCGUUAGUUUCCCUGCCCGAGCCCAGGAUGUUAGACCCCACCAGGAGUAUGCAGACAAGGGCUACUGUACCUACACCUAUGUGGUUCCGCCUGGGUCCCGUACUGGGAGCUUUUCUCCGCCACGUCUAGAGGAACAGCUCGCCGAGACCAAGGAAGAAACGGGCCGCUUGAAAAAUCAGGUGGAUCUCUUGGUGCAAACUUUGCUGGGUCUGCAGUCCGACCUCACGUCUAGAGUGGACAGUUUGAGCGCUGAACUGUCGGAGGAGAAAGUCAGGAAUGCACAGCUGGAACAGAACCUGACACGGGAGCUGCAAGAGCAAGACACAAAUCAUCUAACCAAGAUACAAAAUCUGUCCCUACCAACUGUACAGAACCUGACACAGAAGCUACAAGAACAAGAAACCCGUCUCCAAGCCCAGGUACAGAACCUGACACAGAAGCUACAAGAACAAGAAACCCGUCUCCAAGCCCAGGUACAGAACCUGACACAGAAGCUACAAGAACAAGAAAACCGUCUCCAAACCCGGGUACAGAACCUGACACAGAAGCUACAAGAACAAGAAAACCGUCUCCAAACCCAGGUGCAGAACAUGUCCAACAAACUAUCAGAAGAAAGAACCAGGGGCGCACAGCUGGAACAGAAUCUGACACGGGAGCUACAAGAACAAGAAAGCCGUCUCCAAACCCGGGUACAGAGCCUGACGCAGGAGCUACAAGAACAAGAAAACCGUCUCCAAACCCAGGUGCAGAAGCUGUCCAACAAACUAUCAGAAGAAAGAAUCAGGAGUGCACAGCUGGAACGGAACCUGACAAAAGAGGUACAAGAGCAAGAACAAACCCAGGUACAGGAUCUGACUACAACCCCGUACGACGUGACCAUCAAACAACGACUACAGCCGGUACUGGAUGACGUCAUCUCCACGCUGCCCAGUGACGCAGUGUCCAACGCUGUCGACCCAACAACUAGGAUGACGUCACCUACGGAGAUUCAGCUCACCAACAGAAACACCGAAAGUCCAGCAGCUGAGAUGACGACAACAACCCAGCCCGGUAUCUCUCCUCCUGCCAAAGAUUCCGUAAUUGGAUUGCAACUUCAAGUCCGUCUUGUUGGUGGGUCUACCCCGCUUGAAGGCCGAGUGGAGGUCCGAAACGGUACCGGCCAAUGGGGCUCCGUCUGUGACGAUCGCUGGGACCUGCAGGACGCUCAUGUUGUCUGCAGACAGCUCGGAUUCGGGGCGGCCCGAGAGGUGAAACUUGCGGGUCAUUUUGGGGAAGGUUCGGGGAACGUCUGGCUGGACGAGGUGGCCUGCAGGGGCAGCGAGACGGACCUUGGAGACUGUCCUGCUGACUCCUGGGGACGGAGUGACUGUUCACACAAGGAGGACGCAGGCGUCGUUUGUGAAGGAGACGCAGCUCUCCGGCUGGUUGGCAGUCCGGUUCCCUGGAAAGGACGGCUGCAAAUCCGGCCGUGGUCAGCGUUUGAGUGGGGUGCCGUGUGCAACACCGGCUGGACCGAGGCUGAGGCCGGGUUCGUGUGCAGACAGAUGGGUUAUACCGGCGGGGUGACGUCAUCUGGGCAGGCAGACAUCGGAGAAGGGUCGGAGAACAUCUGGCUGGGUGACGUCACUUGCAGCGGAGACGAGACCAACAUCCUGUCCUGUGGCUUCAGCUGGGAACCUUCCAACUGUCAUCAUAGCCACUAUGUACACGUCAUCUGUACAGGUGACUUGUCCGUCCGAAUUACCGGCAGCCAGAGUCCGUUACAAGGCCGCGUGGAGGUUCGGACUCGCCAUGGCGACUGGGGGACGAUCUGUGAUGACGGGUUUGACGACAGGGACGCCCAGGUGGUCUGUAGACAGCUCGGGUAUUGGGGUGGAGUCGCCACGGCAGGAGGAGACUUCGGAGAAGGGACGGGAAACAUCUGGUUACGGAAUGUUGACUGCACCGGGGCAGAAUCGUCUGUAGGUGACUGUCAGAUUCAGAGUUGGGGCAAUCAAGACUGCAGCCACAGCCAGGACGCAGGGGUCGUCUGCUCAGGUCCCGUGUCCGUCCGACUUGUCGGAGGCCAGAGUUCAUCAGAAGGUCGAGUGGAGGUCCGGCCCGGAAAUGGAGCCUGGGGAACGGUCUGUGAUGACGGGUUUGACGACAAGGACGCCCAGGUGGUCUGUAGACAGCUCGGGUACAUCACCGGGUUCGCCAGGGUGGGAGGAGUUUUUCCUGGAGGGACAGGAAACAUCUGGCUGGACAAUCUCAACUGCGCGGGGAACGAGUCUUCUGUAGCGGACUGUGAGAUCAACAGGUGGGGAGAGCACGACUGUACCCACAAGGAAGACGCAGGAGUCGUCUGUCCAGCCUCAGACUGCGCAGAUCACUUUGCGUCAGGAGAGACGACAAGCGGAGUCUAUAACAAUAUAGUCCGUUCCUCUGAUGUGGAGGCCUAUUGUGACAUGGAUACCGCAGGAGGCGGUUGGACCGUGAUCCAGCGGCGGCAGGACGGGUCGGUUCCAUUCAACCGGACCUGGGAGGAGUACAAACUGGGCUUUGGGAACAAGAGCGGGGAGUACUGGCUGGGGAACGAGAACAUCCACCUCCUGACCAAUCAGAAGAACUAUCGCCUACGCAUUGAACUUUUGAACCGGCAAGGGGAGUCACGGUGGGCAGAGUACAGCACCUUCAGUGUAUCCGGUGAGUCGGACGGGUACCGGCUGCACAUUUCCGGGUAUUCAGGCACCGCGGGAAACUCCAUGGCUCACAACAACGGGCAGAGGUUCUCCACUGUGGACAGGGACAAUGAUGGCCACGACGGCAGUUGUUCUCCGCGGUACGGACAGGCCGGCUGGUGGUUUGGGAGAUGCACCACCUCCCUUCUCAACGGCCGUUACCCGGGCAACUGUGGGAGCUCCUGUUCAUCCAUGCAAGGUGUGGUGUGGAACAGAUGGAGAGGCUCUUACUCCAUGAAGUCUGUGUCUAUGAAGAUCAGGCCAUAAGCAAAAUGUUUUCUGCAGUGUUUGUGUGAAAUGUGCUGGCAUUGUAAAUACAUCUAGAAAUCACUUCAUCUAAGACAUCAAUCAAAUAGCAUUGCAUACUUUAAGUUAAAUUGUCAUCAAAAUAUCAAGAAUGCGUAAUUACAUAAACCCUGAAUAUCAUUCACCAUGAGUUUCUUUACCAAACCAUAGAACAUCCAAUCUUGACAUGCUACAGAUGAUUGCUGCAGGUAUUUUGGAUUUCAUUUUGUUGUAGGUUUCUGUUGCAGUUGACAUAAUAUCUUGGAGAUUGGGAAGAACUAAAGCCAAACGCAGAUUUCAGAAUAAAAUGUACA